UCUUAUAAAAAGCCUUUCAUUCAUGCUCUCUGUCUGUAUACUGAAGAUGGCUCAAGCAAGCUAUGCACCUUUGUCUUCUCCAGUUUCUGUGAUAGGGUCUCAGUUCAUGGUACCAUAUCAAUUCGAUAUUAUAGUUGAUACAAAUUCACGCGGAAACCUUGUGAUCACUGAUAUCAACCAUAGAAUCCUGUUCAAAGUGAAACCAUGCGACACAUUCUUUCACCAUCAGAGAGUGCUACUUGAUGUUGAUGACAAACCCAUCGCUGUGAUCCGUGAAAAGAUCAUGACUGAACACCACCGAUGGAAUGUAUUCAAAGGUGACAGUAAAAGUAAAUCGGAUAUAAUAUUUAGUGCUAAAACACCUAACAUGAUCCAGAUUAAGACCGGUGUUCACGUGUUCUUGGCAAACAAAACCGGUAGUAAUAAUGUUUGUGAUUUCAAGAUCAAAGGAAGCUGGUCCAACAGAAACUGCACUAUUUACGUGGGAGAUACUUUAACACCAAUAGCCCAAAUGUCUAAACUGGAAUCAUCCGUGCAUGCAAAGCUGGUUGAGGGCAAAUUCAUGGUGACCAUUUGUCCCAAAGUGGAUCAUGCGUUUGUGGCCACACUUAUAGCGAUUGUUGAGGCUAUGAAAAUGCAGCAAAAUGGUAUAGAGGAAGAUGCGAAUGUGUGUUUUUUGAAUAGAAAGGAAAGUUUAUUAUCCAAAUAG